CUAGGCGCUCCGCAAGGAAGGUGGUUUCCUCACCGCGGCACGUCCAGGAAAUUCCGCGCCGAUGGCUCGCCCGGCCUGCGAGCCCCUGGAAGCGGACCGAACGAGCGUCGCAGCUCGCCGACGCUUUAUUUUAAUCCCCGGCCCACCGCGGCCUUCCGAUCACAAUUUUUCAUCCUCCAUUUUCACCGACAAAUCCCACGUGGUGGCGGUCUCCCUCUUCCACUCUACUAACCAGGCGCCGGCGUGCUAACCGUAGUUAAGCGUCUCCCGAGGAGUCAUCCCGGCGUAAGAGCGAAAACCAAAAAUAAAUCCCAGAAACAAACGAGCCUGGACCCUCAGCCUCGUCCACUAACCUCGAACCCGGAGCCGCGUCGAGAGUAUCUCGCAGAGCCCGAAGGGAGCAAGAAAUACCCGCGGCGAGACCGAAGCACUGCGGUACAUCCACUCACGAUAACAGAGGCUCUACACCAAAGAAACCAAAGCAAACCCACCAUCGGGUGACAUCGUCUCCGGGAGCAUCCGACUCGAAGACCUCCGCAAAGAGUGAAAACCAAAGCUUAGGUUAGUAAAGCGAAAUUAAACCGCAGGAUAUAUAUUCGCAUACCGCGUGGAGAAUUUCUAUAUCCGUAUAUCUAUAUCUCCGUGUAUAUGGACGUGCACUGGUAGCCAUAAUUAGCGAUAAGUAGAAGGGUCAUCGCGAGCGCCGCGCACAGCGGGCGACAUCGAUGCCCGCCGACGUCGCGACGUCGCGGCGCUCCUCGAGGGGCCUCGUCGGGCGAGGUCCCUCGCGAUCGAUCGCCGGGGACCUCGGCGGCGUCGGUCUGGGUCGAGCGGUGACAUCGACGCCGGGGAGCGGCGUCGGUCUGGCGGUGGGUCGCGGCGCCCCCGAGAAGGCGCCUCUCCCGCGGUAAUCCUCGAUUAGGGGGAGAGCGACCGGCGGGGUCAGAGUUCAUCCUCGGCGGUCACCGUCGCGGGGGGAGGGAGAGGCGCCCCGGCCGGCGUCGCGUAUCGACCGCGAAUCGCGCAUGCGUCGGGAAAGCGCGCAAUCGCGCGAACUACGGGGUCGCGAGGACGGAGGCGAGGCGCGACGCCGACGUCGGUCAGUCGUUGGACGGCGGCGGCGGGUCCUGCGUCCGGCCAGACGCCGCGGCGCCGACCCGGCCACCCGGUGACUGCAACGCCCGCGCAGGAGAGGAGCCCCUGGUCGAGUCCCGGGCCGGCGAGGACCCUGGGAGCACCGCGACGCGGGAGAGGGAAGGAGAGGAGACGAGGAAACGGUCCUAAGGAGCGAGGUCGACUCUCGAGUCCGUAUCUCCGCGAUAAGGGGCGGCCGGCCGAUAAGCGCGCCGCUCCGGUGUUUGCCGAGCCGAGGCGAGCGGCGGGAGGGGGGGAGAUAAAACGCGGCCAACGCCGGGGACUCCGAGUCGAUCCGGAUCGAUCCUCGGCGACGAGGAUGGAAAAGGGGACCGGCGCGCCCGGGCGUCGAACUCUCCGAGGGUGGAGGGAGGAAGAGAGACUCGGUGGGGUGGUUUUCAAUCGUACGAAGGGAGACCGUGAAGGGAGUUCCUAGUGAGGAGGGAGAGGAAGAGGGAAGAGGAUCGAAGAAGAGGAAUGACCAACACCCAGCAGACGAUCCCUGGCCAGGCCUCCGCUGCCGAGCAGCCCAGGGAGGAGAUGCGCUUCACGGAGCUCCUGCCGGUGGAGAAGUCCAGGAUAGAGGAGACCGUCGAUGGGAAGGACGCCGACGCCACCGAUGCUCUCAAGGCGCUCAGGAGCUUCUCCAGGAGCCUCGUCGGCGAGUACGCCGCGCAGAUGCUCGACUUCGCGCCGAGUACCGACGCGGUGGACUUCGCGGUCGAGGACCCACCCAGGGUCGUGGUGGAGAAGAAGUCCGGGGAUUCCGGAAAGGCGGUGCCGAGAAAGCGGAGAGGCAACAAGCAAGGUGGAGAGGACGGAGGAAGGGAGAAGAAGCCGGGGAGGAAGCGGCAGCGCCAGAGAGUGGACGAGCACGUGGAACACGUGGACGAGAGCAGGGAAAUCUACGAAUUUCGGCAAGAGGUCUGUUCUAGGGUGGAGGAGACCGAGGGCGAGUCCGUGGAUCCCAUCCUCGUCCCCAGCACGGCGUUCGACGAGGAGAUCGUCCUUGCCACCCCGGAGGCCCCCACCUGCGAGGAAAGCCUUCGCAGGAGGAUCAACGCCAUCAUCAGGGCGAACUACGUCUUCGAGCGGGAGAACAACAACGUCGCGCAUGGGGACGACGACGGAGACACCCUGGGCGCCCCGACGACGGGACAGCUCGAGCUUAAUCCAGAGCAGGUGAAGAAGUACAGGUGCGUCGCCUGCAGUGCUAGGUUCAAGGGGAGCGGCGGUUUGCGGAACCACUACAAGGUGGUCCACGCAACCGGGCCCAUCUUCACGUGCAAUGAGUGCGGCAAGGGAUUCCCCCUGAAGGAGAGGCUGAAGCUCCAUGUGAGGACGCACACCGGGUUCAAGCCGUACAAGUGCCCGGAGUGCGACAAGAGCUUCGCGCGCGGCGGUCAACUGGUGCAACAUCGCAGAACCCACAGCCAGGUCAAACCCUACCGCUGCGCUCUCUGCUCGGGGACCUUCACCUGCGCCGCCAACCUGGCGCUUCAUGUGAAGCGACACAACGGCCAGAAGGACCACAAGUGCGAGAUCUGCGGCCGCGGGUUCGUCCGGCGGGACGCCUUGAAAAAGCACCUGGAGUGCCUCCACCGGGACGUCAAGUCCUUCCUGUGCGUCAUCUGCAACAAGACGUUCAAGGGUCACCUGCCCCAACAUAUGCGCACUCACGCCCAGGACCGACCUCACGGGUGCGCGACCUGCGGUCAGCGCUUCGCCCAGAAGUCCCAGCUGACCGUCCACCUGAGGACCCACUCCGGACAGCGGCCUUUCCGCUGCCUAGUCUGCUGGCAGGCCUUCGCCCACUCCACCGCCCUGAAACUCCACACCAGGAGGCACACCGGAGAACGGCCCUUCAAGUGCGCCGAGUGCAACGCCGGGUUCACUCAGCUCCCCCACUGGAAGAAGCACAUGAAGUGCAUCCACGGGAGAAGCGAGCCCUACCGGUGCUCCCGCUGCGGAAGCUUCUUCAGGAUCAAGAACGACCUGGAGGCUCACGAGAAGGACUGCAUGCCCGGUGUCUCCGACGACGCCCUCACCCAACCCAUCUGCGCUCUUCAAGGGGUCACGACAAUCUCCGCCGCGAUGCUUCCUCGCUACCGGGUCAUGACCGUCGAGAAGAUGAGGCUGUUGCUCGCCGUGCUUCUAAAACGGAUCUCCAAACCCCGCAGGCUGGACGAACUGGGCUUCGGAAAGCGGCUCAUCGACGAGGUCCUCGUCGACUCCCUCAUCGCAGCGGGCAAGGACCCCGCCAAAUCGGAAGGCCUGGGGGAACUAGAUGUCCUCAGGAGGAACCUGGAAACCUUCCUCGAGUGGACCGUACCUAGAGAGCACUGGGAGAAUUUUCGCAGGAUGGGCAAGACGCCGGAAGACAUCCUGGAGACCCUCACCGCGAUUUAGGACCCUGAGAGCCUAAUUUCGGCUCGGAGACGAGAACCCUGGAGAUCUUGGGGUCCUUCUCGAGAUGCCCUUCGUCCUGUGGGGAAUGUUAGGGCCUGAAGAGGACACCAAAGACCCUGAAGAUCCUUGUGGUAACUUCGAGUUAUGCCUCGGAGGAGCCGCGGGUCCUUGCCAUAGUCCUUACCGAGGAAGCCGAGACGCUCUUUGACCCUCCUCGAGGACGCCACGGGUUUCGAGGGAACUCUGAACUCCUUUGAUGAUUUUCCCAGCACCCGAAGGGGUCCAGUUUCAUUUUUCGGGCUCCGGGUUCCCUCGUCACUAAAACACUUGCCAUACUCUCACUCGCGUUUCGCGCCCCAAUGCGAGGACCUAGGUUAGGACUCCUUUAUUACGUUUAGUUGUACCUCCGGGUCGCUUAACUGAAAUGAAACGCGAAAGAAGAGUUAAGUUUAUUUAUGUUCCUGCUAGGCUGAGAAAGAUUCUAACGUUGUUACGGUUUUACCCAUGUAGAAUGUAGAGGAGUCGCCGCUGAACGUUACGUUUUUACGUGGUCGUGAUUAUAUCGUUUACGCGUAGUAUAUGCAUACACCCGCAUUACACAUUAUAUCUAUAUACAACGCACGAGAAUACGCAUAUAUCGGUAUAUAUAUGAGAAGUAUAUGAGAUUCGAUUAUGUGUUCAAAGGCGACGCACGCGAGUCCACCCUACUAGAUAGAUAGGUGUAAGUCAAUGUGACCAGACAAUAAUGCGAAUUCGCAAGAUCGGCUAUUGUAUAUUAGCAUUUAGCGGAAAACCGACGCGCUAGUAGGUUGCGGGUCAUUUUGGAUCUCCGUUUCCAAAUCAAAUUGAUGCACCACCUAUUAUCGAAUUCUUCGAUCCACGAAGAACCUCUCCAGGAUCCGAUCGCCACAUUACCCCGAGAUUAAUUAUCCACGUGGUCCGGAAAAAAAAAAAAAAUCUAAAGGGUUCCCUCGAGGAUCCUCGUCGAUCGGGAAAUAAAAAAAGGAAAUGAGAAAAGGUGCUCAAGGAGCGACCUUCGACUCGUCGGUCUCUCGGCAUUACUCGGUGCUUCGUGUGGUUUUACUUUUUUUUAUUCCGUUUCCCCUUUAUCUUUAAUUUGCCCGUUACAGGAGGAUUGAAUGGUUCUACUUGUUUCUAGGGUGGAGGGAUUUUCCCGAAGCUCUUAUCCAAAUCGGAAACUUAACAAGCCCAAAGAUUUAGUUAACUAUUUCGUUGCCAAAAGGGUCGGUUCACGACCCGCGUCGUUUUAGGUUUAUCCCGUUUAACGGAGACUUUGCGUUCGUUGGAGGAGAAAUGAAAAAUAUAUAUAUAGAUACAUAGAUAUAUACAUACAUUAUAUAUUAUAUAUGGAGAGAGAGACAAUUAGGAAAGCGUGUAGAGAAAUGCGCGGCAAGGGAGGCACGUAUGCAUUAAUGCAUAGACCGACGUCGAGCCCGGAGGCACUUUAUCGUUUUCAAAUUUAUUCCGGAGAUCGGAUCGGCGGUUUGCUUCACUUCUAAUGCAAAUCGGUGUCGCCGGCACUGAAUAAAGAUCGAGGCCAGCCGAUCUGACCUUCCGAAGGCUCGGGUCGACGGUUUUGCGCCUUUGUCGACACGAUGUGACGGUGCCAAAGCGAUGCCGGACUCGCGGAAAAGGAAAUUAAACGGCCACCGAAAGACCGCGAUGAUAGACCGCUUUAGGUUCUCUAGGUUCUAUUGUGUUAUGCCAAUUUUCAGAGCUUUAUGUUUACCAGAGACGAGGGGGAUUUUUUAGUGCCCUGUUCCGUUCGAGUUUCCCCAGGAAAAUGGGGAAAAGGCGGAAGGAUGACUCCUGGCCGAAAAUCCUAAACGAGGACGGACCGGGGCAGACUGUUUAAGUUUAGUGCCAUAAAUUCUGUUGUUACUGCUGAUGUAUCGUACGAUCAGUGAUUCGAAUAAACGUUGCCUCUUUUAGAUUCAA